UAUUCCAUUUCCUUCUUUUCUGACCCCAAAUUAUUUCCACUUUUCAUUCAUUCAUUGAUUUUGAUCGACGUUGCUAGAAAGGAAAAAAAAAAAAAAAAAAAGCUGGGCAUGUUUGAUUGAUAAUUGAUUUGAACAAUUUGCAUAAUAUAAAGAUAAAAAAGGAAUAUAUUAUUAUGCUAGGCUAUGAUGGAGGAACUUCCAGGAGCGUUUGGAACAAGCGCUAGCUUAACUCUUCGUUUGGGACAAAUUGUUUUCUCUUCUGCUUCUCUUUGUUUCAUGUGUUUGGAUGUUGGUUUCUACUCCUACACUUCUUUCUCGUUUUUGGUAACAGUGAUGGGUUUGGCAAUUCCAUGGAGCAUAACAUUGUUCAUGGUAGAUGCUUACUCCGUCUUCAUACAAUGUUUACCGAUUCAAAAACGGCUCAUAUUGAUAAUUGUUUUGGGAGACAUGGUUAUGUCAUAUCUCUCAUUAGCUGCAGCAUGUUCCGCAGCAAGUGUUAUAGAUCUUCUGCAUGAAGCUGGUAAAUCACAUUGCCCAGCAAAGUUAUGUGGUAGAUAUCAGUUGUCUGCUGCUAUGGCAUUCUUGUCUUGGUUUCUUUCAUUAGCUUCUUGUCUUUUUAAUUUUUGGAUUUUACCUUCUCUGUAAACAUACUAUCUUACUGAUUAUUGAUACAUCAUACAUGUACAUGAAUGAAAAGGGUGCAAAUGACAAAGUCAUUUCCUCUUUGGCAUAUAUUUUGUGUUAUUGUGAAUAGAAUUUUGAUGACAAUAAACAAUGUAAUAGCUCUUCACCAAAAAUACAAUAUAAUAACUUAUCUUUCAAUGCAA